AUUUCAUUCGGUGUAACACACACCGAAAUCUCAUUUCCUUUGGGUUUGUUUUGGUGACGUGACUCUAAACCCCAGUAGGAGAGACCCGGGAGGGAGGGAGGGAGGGAGAGAGUGGUGGUGGUGGUGGGGGUCGUUGCAUGGAACAGGGAGGUUCGGGAAGACCUUAACGCGUGCGGGAGGAUGGUUCGUAUUCUGGCGAAUGGGGACAUCGUUCCGGACGAUGAUCCGCGGGUCAGGAAGACAGCAAAUCGCAGGGAAGACCUCAACAGACCCCGGCAGGGUUUUAUCCAACACUCUGAAAAUACAAACCAGCCUCACCGGGGACAAGUGAAUGAAGGCCGCUCACUCUUUACAGACCUGAAUCAGCGACUGAUUAACAUGGGCUUCCCUCGAUGGAAUAUAGGAAAUCAAGUCAUUGAACCUAUCAUGUCCGUUGUUCUGUUGCUGAUGAUAAUGCUGAUGGGAAUGCGUGGCAUUCUGUUGGUAGGAGUGCUGUACCUUUUCUCACAAUUUAGUCGACGCUAGCUCGAUUUAUUGGAGACUUUUUCUAUCUUAUGUACAAGUAUUAAUGCGUUUUCCUUCUUGUUUGUAUUGGAGAACACAAGGGUAACAGAUAAUCUUUGCAAUUUAACACAUAAAUCGUGUCGAGAGUGAUUAAGUAUUAUCUGAAUGUGUGGUGGUUUUAUUUUCAUUUAAGGCUACCAUUGAUUAGGUGCCUGUAUUCUUUCAUUCUUUAAUUCAUAUAGACUUUUGAAAAUUCAUUACUUGGUUUAUUUGCUUUGACACAGUUUGUUACUUUCAGGAUUCAGAGUUUAUUCAAGUCAGUCCAGACCUAUCCAAGUCCGAAGUAGAUGAUUGUGGCACAAACACCAACUGGGUGAAAGAGUCGCAAUUUAUUCCCCAACUUGUCUCCUAGUUCAUUUACGUGUUGGUUUAAAAAAAUAGAAUAGACAAAAGUUGUUUUUCAUUUAUUUUAAAUAACAUAGAGAUUCUCACUAAUGCAGAGCAAAAAGAAGCAAAAAGUGAAAAAGAAACAAAUUUAUUCCACACAACCUCUGAUAACUUGGUCGAAGUUUAUGCAGAGUAUAUAGCAGAAACUAAUGUCUGAUCAUGUCAUUUCUUGACACCUUGCACUAUAAUCCUUCAUAAAACAUGACUGUGAAGCCCUCCAGGUUUAAGGAUUUUAAAAGUGUAGAUUAGACUUAACAAAUUCAGUGCUAUGUGCUCUUGAUUGCAAAAUUUAAAAAACUGAAAAUGUGUCUCUUUGUAGGAAAUACCUUUGACUUAAACACGAAUAAUUGGUGUUGUUUUAUUUCCUAGCACAGGAUCUUCCAAAAUCUUAACGGAUAGGUUUUCAUGUGAAUAAAGGAACAGGUAUCCAUUCUACUCUGGGUUGUGCUAGGUCCCACCUUUGUGUCCCCUCCUAUAAUAUAUGCCAUUAGAGAGGCUGUAACACAAGUGACAACCAAAAAUCCAGGUCUCUAAAUUGAAGGAAUGCUCUUGAUUUUCAAAAUAAAAUUCACGUGAAGAAGUCCUAGGUCUUUUCUUGAUUUCGUUUUGUCAAAUAUCAAAUAAAAUCAAGAUUUUCCAUGAUUCUAAUAUUUUGCAAACUCUGUUGUGUUUCUGGCACAAAGAAACAUUUGGGCUGUUUGAAUAAUCACAAUACACUUGUAUAUUUUGUGAAGCAUUAUGAUCAACAUUCCAUGAACAGAAGGUAAUAUUAUCACUGCAGAGAAUGAACUUUUUAAAUUGUUUAAUAAAUACAGAAUUUAUAGUU